AAUUCCCGCCGCGCGCCGCUGUCUAGUUGCCACUUCCCGUCACUGAGGGCUCCCCGCUCGACCGCUGAAGUCCGCCCCGGUCUUCCCCCGCUGGCAUCAUGUUGCAGAAACCACGGAGCCGGGGCCGCCCCAGCUCGCAGGCCGAGCGGGACUGGGGCCGCGGCGGCGACAGCCGGUCUUCGAGGAGCGGCGUCGCCGAGGAGGCCCCGAGCACCUCUCGGGGGGCCCACGGUUCGCAGGAGCCUCGCGGGUCCUCGUCGCAGGGCGCCCGCCGGGCCGAGGCUGGCCCCGCGGUGGGGCCCAGGACCCAGAAGCAGCUGGAGCUGAAGGUGGCGGAGCUGGUGCAGUUCUUGCUGAUCAAAGACCAGAAGAAGAUCCCCAUCAAGCGGUCCGACAUCCUGAAGCACGUCAUCGGGGACUACAAAGAUGUGUUUCCAAACCUCCUCAGACUGGCCGCCGAGCGCCUAGAGUACGUGUUCGGGUACAAGUUGGUGGAACUGGAGCCCAAGAGCAACAGCUACAUCCUGAUCAACACCCUGGAGCCCGUGGAGGAGGACGCCGAGGUGAGAGGCGACCAGGGCACGCCCACCACCGGCCUCCUCAUGAUCGUCUUGGGGCUCAUCUUCAUGAAGGGCAACACCGUCAAGGAGACGGAAGUCUGGGACUUCCUGCGUCGCCUCGGGGUGUACCCCACAAAGAAGCACCUAAUUUUCGGAGACCCAAAGAAACUCAUUACGGAAGAGUUUGUGCGGCAGCGUUACUUGGAGUACCGGCGGAUACCCCACACGGAUCCGGUGGACUACGAGCUGCAGUGGGGCCCGCGGACCAACCUGGAGACCAGCAAGAUGAAGGUGCUCAAGUUCGUGGCCAAGGUCCACAACCAGGACCCCAAGGACUGGCCGGCCCAGUACUGCGAGGCUUUGGCAGAUGAGGAGGACCGGGCCAGACCUGCGGCCAGCGCCCCGGCCUCCUCCUCUUGAAAUUUACAGUCCGGGGAGUCCCGGGGCAGGGGUCUGAGAGCCCAGGCCUCGAGGGGUGUGGGCAGGAGGCAGCGCAUUUCUGUAACGCGUACAUCUGUGUAGCUUUCGGACAUGUUUGCAAACUUUCGUGUGUGGUUUUUACUUUUUGAUUUUUUUUUACUGUUAAAAAGUAUUUGGUUCCCAAUUUUCACUUAUAAAAAUACGAGGAGAGCAUUUAUUUUAUUUUACUGUGUGUGUGGGUUUUUUGGUGUAAAAAUUUGGCUAGCUUUAUAGAACUAAUUGGAAAACUGCACCGUGAUCAGAACAAAAGACACAGUCAAGUGCUUUGGUGCCAAGAAAAUAAAAGUGGCUAUUACAUGGCUUCUUAACUACCCCCGUUUGUAAGGAAAACCAAAAAGCUUUAUAACUUAAUAAAAAUAUAAUUGUUCAUAUCCUUUUUGGUCUUAACGCAACUAUUUUAUAUGUUAUUUACCUAUAUAAACAUACAUCAUUCGAAGAAAAUUGUGUUUUAGCCAAAUAACAGUUUUUUUACAUGCAUAAUUAUUCAGCUCUGUGGUUAACCUUGUAGUUACAUUUAGAUUUUUUUUGUACUAUAGUUAUAAUAAAUACUGUAUCUUUGAAGGAA